AUGACCAGCAUUAGCACUAGGUGUAGUGCCGACAUGAGCCAAGAGCAUCAAAAUCUGGAGGAAAUGGAGGCUGGGAGUCAAGAAAUCAGCAUGAGAACCCGUGAUGACCAUGGCGGUACCGCGUCGGCGUUACGCGAGGAAGUGAUGGCAACGACGGCUUUCUGUAGUGCUUCACGUUGCGAUGAUGAUGAAGAUCACCAUGAUCAGGUAGAAGAAGAAGAACAGCUACGUUGUCAACAGCAACAAGCUGUAUCGUCAGCGGCAUCGUCGUACUGCGGCAGUGGCUUUUCCAGCUGCGACUCGUCGAUGGUGAACUCGACAGCGACGCCUCCUCUUCCUGAGAUUGAGUUCAACGAAGGUGGUGAGAACGCUGAUCAAAAUCAAGAUGAUGUACGACCCUCUCUGAUGCGACGAUCCAAUCACGAAGACUCGGACCUGAUGCUCAAAAUUGUCCACGAACGAUUGUCCUUGCAAGACAUGCUGCAAGUAGAAGAGCAAGCCGUAGCAGCUGCCACUUUGGCGUCCGUGGCGAAUCUUCCUCUUCCGCCUCCUCUUCCACCUCUGCCUCUUCCCCCAUCCGAGCUGACGUCGUAUCCAGCAAUGGCUCGUGCCGCGGCUUCCGCGAGUCAAUGCGGUGCAGAAGACAAUUAUUAUGUCGAUUGCAAACCAGGCCAACAUCGACCACCCAUCACGGCGGCAUCCGCUUCCAUGGUCGAUUCGUCCGACGCUACCAUCCAUAGCACUACUACUACACCCGCAGUAGCGCAUUCCAAGACAGUGGGUGCAUUUGCUUGCGCACCCAGUGGAAAUGAGACGGCUUCCACGUCCGAUCCUGAAAAUUCAACAGAUUUGACGCCCGACGAAGAAGUGGCAGUGAGAGCAGCCGCACGACGGGGCUUUUCAUCCAGCGUUUCCUCGUCCGUGGCUGCAUUGGCCAUUGCCGCCGAAGUUGCUCCGGAAAUGCUCGACUUGGAACGAACCAUUACCGAACGAGUGCGACGAGAAAUCUCGGAAGAAGUGAUCCGAAAUUCCUCUGCCGAUACCACGGUGAUUGCCGAAAUUGUGUCCCUCGAAGACGGGGAUCUGCUCCGUCAUCGUCGUCGCAAGAGUCGGAAAGAACGAAUAGCACAACAGAAACGAUUGAGGUGCCGAGCAGCGGCGGCAGUGCUGCUGCUGGUGACGAUGGUGGUGGCGGUCGUGGUCAUGGUGGCGUGUUUGAGUCGAAACAGUAAUGGUCCGGAGUCGGACGUUGACCCCAGCGGGUCCUUCCCCCCGGACACCACCGUACUCGCUCAUGUCCCACACACGAUUUGCUACGAACGAAUACCACUCUUGGGGCGCAGCGAAAUGUGUCCUCCCCAAGUCAACGGCAGCGGUGUCACCAACUUGAUUGCCACCUCUCGCUUAUGGAAUGUCCGAGAGGCCCAAAUCUCCAUUCUCAAUGCAGGAGAGGUACACAGCGAUCUCCCAGCGGGGAGCUUCACCAUGGGUCAGGCACGAAAAACGUUGCCCUACUUUGACAACGAGUUGGUCCUCAUUCACAUUAAGGGUGCCAAACUCAUUACCGCCAUGGAACGAGGGAUUCAAAAGUUGUUUGAUGACAAGGCUGCCGCCGGGACGCAUCUCAAUUCCACCACACCAUCCGGAGCGUAUCCCUACGGAGCCGGCAUUCGAUGGAAGGUCAACAUGACCCAGCCGUUCCCGCAUCGACUAUACGAUGUGCAGAUCAAUCCCCGACUCUCCUUUGAUUGGGAACCCAUCAACUUGCAUCAGAUCUAUCUCGUCGUGACCAAUUCCUAUCUACAGGCCGGUGGCGAUUCCUACCAUGAGUUUUCCUCUGCCGAAGACGAACACGUGAUUCAGACGGGCAAGUAUUCUCUCGAAUCGUUUGUGGAGUAUUGUGAAAUGCGGGGGGUCCUGUUGGAUCCACCGCACGACUACUACUCGACGCAAGAGUUCAUUCACAAUCCGGAUCUGUUUGAGAUUGGUGAAUGUUCCAACACGGAGGACUGUUAA